AUGUCCACCCUUGAUGAAAAUGUUCCCUCAGGAGCACCGAAUGGGCCUGGAGACCCAAUCUUCACCCCAACUAUUGAUCCCCAGAGCAAGGAUAGUACAAAUGUGUUCCCCUUAGAUGGGGUCAACAUUGAGAGUGUCUCAGAUGAGCAUUUGAUACUUCUCGGGGACACUGCUCCUGUUCUCUACCAGAUCGGUCCAAACAAAGUUGUACGAAUCUCCCGCGAUCUGGCACUGAAGUGUGGGCCCUCGGUUCUACCCAGUGAGGCCAAAGCACUCGAUUUAGCCCGAAGAAAGACGGUAAUCAGAGUUCCUCAUGUCUACCGCUCAUUCCAGGUUGAUGAUCCUUUUGAGUACUAUGGAACGAGAGGCUACCUGGUCAUGGAUUACAUCGAAGGCCGAAACCUCGGGGAUUGUUGGAUGCAGCUUGCUGCAGAGGAUAAAGCUGAUGUGAUCUCUCAGUCAGCAGCGAUAAUAAGCCAGCUUCAGAGUACAGUCCUUCCAACACCCGGCCCCAUAGGCGGGGGUCCUUGUCGAGGCAAACUCUUCACAGACUACGGCGCAGGUCCGUUAAACUCCGGUUCCGAGAUGGAAGCUUGGCUUAAUCACAAACUCGAAAUAUGCAAGCAUUAUAACCAAACCCCUCAGGAUAUUCCUCCAUUCAAGUUCAGGAAGUUCGUACUGGUGCAUCAAGACAUAAGUCCUCGAAAUAUGAUCUUGGAUGCUGCGGGACAAGUCUGGUUGAUUGACUGGGCACACGCCGGUGCUUACCCUCCCGCAGUCGAACGAGCCGCUGUAGCCGAACAGCACCUGUUUCCCGAAUUCAACAAAAUGCUAUUAAACGCCCUGCCACACUAUGAUGCCGAAGUGAGCCAAUUGCAGUCAAUCCAGUAUGGACUAUCCGUCGCAAGUCUCGCAUAA